GGAAAUCCUCACAUGAAGAGAGAGAGAGAGAGAGAGAGAGAGAGAGAGAGAGAAGGAGUUACAGAGAGAGAGGAGUUAGAGAGAGAGAGAGAGAGAGAAAGAGAGAGAGAGAGAGAGAGAGAGAAAAGGGGAAUCUUUUAAUCCUCCAAUCCCUCACAGCUCCUGUUUUGGGAAAAGCCAAAGAUAUAAACAAAUACAUUUUUUUUUUGACAAAGAGAGAGAGAGAGAAGGAGAGAGAGGGAGAAAGGUGGUAGCUUUGGGAUUGUUUUGAGGAGAGAAGUGGGUUAUUCUCGGAUCUCAGAGAGAGAGAGAGAGAGAGAGAGAGAGGGAGGAGAGAGGCAAAAGAUGUGAUUUUGAAACAGGGGAAGAGGUACAAGCUCUCAUUUUCUCAGAUCAAGCUCAUAUAAAGUCGAAAUCUUUGUGGUUUGUUUCAAUAAACCCCCCUAAUCUUCUCGCAUUGCUUCGAUUUCUGAUAAAAAGGUUCGAUUUUUCUCACAAAUUUGCCCAUUUUUCGCGUUUUGUAUGUUUAAAAUUUGCGGGGAAUUUGAGAUAUUUUGGUGGUUUUGGAGAAGUUGGUGUUUUGGGUUUGGUUGUUGUUUUCAGUGAAAUGGAGGAGAGAGAGAUGAAGAGGGGAGAAUGGAUUUGGGUUUUUAGGGUUCCAUGUGUUCUCUACGCUACAUUGGCUUGUUCUCUUGUGGUUUGAGUUGUAGAGGUGAAAUUUUUUAGGGAAUUUAAGUGAAUCAUCAUCAAAUCCAAAGAAAAUUUUGAUUUUUAGAUUAAUUUCUCCCUUGUUGUCCUCAAAGUUCAAAUUUUUUGGUGAUUUAUGGGCUAUGUAUUCAUGUUAACAACCCCAAUCUCAUAAAAAGAGGGAGAGGGAGGAGUGUGUAGGAGAAAAUGUCAUUUAAGAGCAUUGUUAGGGAGCUAAAGGAGAUGAGGGAUGGGAUAGGGAGCAUAUCAAGGAGGGGAGGAGGGGGAGAGGGGGCCGAGGGGCGGUGCCGGCCCCCUCGCGGCGGCGGCCGAAGUUCUUGGCCCCUCCAUUUGCCCCACCACCCCCGCCCCCACCAAGGGGAGAGGGAGAGAGAGGAGCACCACCAGGGGAGGUGGGCCAACCUCCCGCCGGAGCUCCUAUUGGAUGUGAUACAAAGAUUGGAGGCGAGCGAGGUAGCGUGGCCCGCGAGGCGCCACCUCGUCGCCUGCGCGGCCGUUUGCCGGUCGUGGCGCGAUUUGACAAAGGAGGUUGUGAAGACAUUGGAGGAAUGCGGCCGGAUCACCUUCCCAAUUUCGCUUAAACAGCCUGGUCCUCGUGAUUAUCCGAUUCAGUGCUUUAUAAGGAGGGAUCGAGCGACCUCGACCUAUCGGCUCUAUUUGGGACUGAGCCCGUCGCUUCAAGGAGAAAACGAAAAGCUUUUGCUAGCAGCCCGCAAGAUUCGACGAGCAACCAGCACGGAUUUCGUGAUCUCGCUGGCUUCUGAUGACUUCUCUCGAGCGAGUAGUACUUAUAUUGGAAAACUGAGGUCAAAUUUUCUUGGCACCAAGUUCAUGGUCUACGAUAGCCAGUCCCCGUGCGACGCCACGCUUUCUUCGAACAACCGUCCAAGCCGGAGAAUCCACUCAAAGCAAGUCUCUCCGAGACUACCGGCGGGAAACUACAACGUCGCCACCAUCUCUUACGAACUCAAUGUGCUUCGAACUCGAGGACCGCGGAGGAUGCAAUGCACUAUGCAUACGAUCCCGAUCUCCUCUAUUCAAGAAGGCGGGACUGCCCCGACGCCUGCUAACUUCAUCCACUCUUUAGACGAACAAUUUUCCAAUUUAUCUAUGGGGAAAGGAAAGGAGCCGAUUAUCGAAUUCUCUUCUACGAGCCUCGCUAACGAGCCUAUUGUAACUGUCGCCAAUAAUGGCGAGCCACUUAUGCUAAAGAACAAGGCCCCUCGGUGGCACGAGCAACUUCAAUGUUGGUGUCUGAACUUUCGGGGGAGAGUGACCGUGGCUUCCGUGAAGAAUUUUCAACUUGUGGCGGCAGUCGAUCCUUCCCACCAGGUUUCUUUAGCGGAGCAGGAGAAAGUGAUUCUCCAGUUCGGGAAAAUAGGGAAGGACAUUUUCACGAUGGACUACAGGUACCCUCUAUCGGCUUUUCAGGCGUUCGCAAUCUGCUUAACGAGCUUCGACAACAAGCCCGCGUGCGAAUGAACGGUGAAAAGCACUCGUAACUGUUCCUUUUUUUUGUCCUUUAUCUCGCUAAUAUUUACAACCUCGAAUGCAAUGUUGUAAAUACCCAUUUUGGACAAAUUGUUUCUAGCCUGCCGUCAUCACUAUUUUUAGAAAUCUGCCAAGCAAACACUAGCAGUAUUUAUGUUCAAGGAUGAACUUGCAUCGAAUGUUUGUAUCUUAGCAUAUUUUAGAUUACCUUGAAAAAUUGAGGUAACCUUAUUUAUGUCUA